GCCGGCGGGGCAGCCAUGGAGGCCGCGGCGCGGAGGCGGCAGCACGCGGGAACGGCGGGCGGCCCCGGGGCGCAGCCGGGCGCCUCCUUCCUGCAGGCCAGACACGCGUCGGCGCAGGCUGAUGACGUCGAGCCCACGGCGCCCUUCCACCUCGACCUCUGGGUCUACUUCACGCUGCAGAACUGGGUGCUGGACUUCGGCCGGCCCAUCGCCAUGCUGGUAUUCCCUCUGGAAUGGUUCCCCCUCAACAAGCCCAGCGUCGGAGACUACUUCCACAUGGCCUACAACGUCAUCACACCCUUCCUCCUGCUGAAGCUCAUCGAGCGGUCGCCCCGCACCCUGCCGCGCUCCGUCGUCUACGUCAGCAUCAUCACCUUCAUCAUGGGCGCCAGCAUCCACCUGGUGGGCGACUCGGUCAACCACCGCCUGCUCUUCAGCGGCUACCAGCACCACCUGUCGGUCCGCGAGAACCCGGUCAUCAAGAACCUCAAGCCGGAGACGCUGAUCGACUCCUUCGAGCUGCUCUACUACUACGACGAGUACCUGGGCCACUGCAUGUGGUACAUCCCCUUCUUCCUCAUCCUCUUCAUGUACUUCAGCGGCUGCUUCACGGCCUGCCGAGCCCACAGCGCCCUGCCCGGGCCCGCGCUGCUCCUGCUGGGGCCCAGCGGCCUCUACUACUGGUACCUGGUCACCGAGGGCCAGAUCUUCAUCCUCUUCCUCUUCACCUUCUUCGCCAUGCUGGCGCUCGUGCUGCACCAGAAGCGCAAGCGCCUCUUCCUGGACAGCAACGGCCUCUUCCUGGUCUACUCGUUCGCCCUCACCCUGUCGCUGGUGGCGCUGUGGGUCGCCUGGCUGUGGGACGACCCUGUGCUCCGGAAGAAGUACCCGGGCGUCAUCUACGUCCCGGAGCCCUGGGCCUUCUACACCCUGCACGUCAGCAGUCAGCGCUGAGCCCCGCCCCGCGCAGGUGCACGGGGCGGUGGGGGGUUCGCAAAGCUCCGUGCAGAGUGGAAUCGCGAGGUCGGUUUAUUUCGAAGCAGAACAUUUUUGAAAUCCCUGCAUAUUUUUUUCAUAAUACACAUUUUAC